UUAACUGUUUUUUGCGUGUUAUCGGAAUAUCUUUAUUGCAUAAGUCCAAGCAUGGAUCUGUCUUCUGAUCAUCAAAGUACAAGUACUAGCUGUAAUUUGAGUGAUAUUGCCGAAGAGAAUCAAAAACUCAGAAAGGAGAACUUCAACUUAAAGCUGAAACUGUUUAUCAUAGACGAAAACAAAUUAAAAAAACCGAGAGGUAUGGAAUAUGACGACAUGGCAAAAAAACUCGACGAAACACAAAAGAUGAUUGAUGUGCUCAACAAUGAAAUCAAGGCCAAGGUAGAUCUGCUAAAAGAAGCAGCAAUGGCGAUAACACGGCACGAGCAGAUCUUCAAAAACCAUGCGAUGAGUACUCAGUCGGAAAUUGCGGAACAAGAUGAAUACAUAAGUCUCUUAGAGUCAAAGGUUGAGGAGCAAUCUGAAGAAAACUCUAAGGCAGCAGCCAACAUUGAAAAUAUGAACCUCUUGAUUAUUAAACAGAAUGAUGAACUAGAAGCGGCUAAGAGUGAAGUAAAUUCUCUUAGCCAAAAACUCACAAAUAGCCUUAAAUCUAUAGACAUUUGCAAAGAUGAAAUAAAAGGGAAAGAAAGAGAAAUCAUUGAAUUACUUGAGAUGUCCGAGAAGCAUUUAGCGUAUACCAGUCUCUCCAAUGACAUCAUUAAGAUGCAAAAGUUCGAGUUAAAGCUUUGUAAAACCAAAUUAAAUAACGUACUGAAGACCAUAGAAAAGGGCAUCAAGUCACAACGUGUCCCCAAAGAUUCUUAAAUUAUCCUAUGCAAACGAGGCAAUUAAUUGAUCUUUCUAUGUCGCAAAUAAACCGAUUGUUAUGAUUCGCCAUGACUUAGAAAAAAAAAAUUUAUAUUUUGGCAGCAUACAAUAUUCCGAUUAGCAAUUAAUCAGUUAAUUUUAAUUAGCUGUAUCAAUAAAAUUCAUUGUAGAC